UCAAUAAUCCCACACAAACUCACAUUACAUUUGCAUACAAAACAAAAGAGAAAGCUCACAAUUCAAAUUCAGUGACAAUGGCAGGAAUCGUUAACAAGAUUACCGAGACUCUGGGAGGACACAAGAAAGAAGGGGAGACCCAUGGUGAGUUCAAAGGAGAACAACACCAUGGUGCUGGUGGGGACUACAAAGGGGAGCACUAUGGUGGUGAACACAAAGGGGAGCACUAUGGUGGUGAACACAAAGGGGAGUCUCAUGGUAUUGGUGGGUUUGGACAUGGUGGUGAACAAAAAGGGGAGUCUCAUGGUAUUGGUGGGUUUGGACAUGGUGGAGAGCACAAGCCUGAGCACCAUGGGCAGGAGAACAAGGAGGGUUUUCUAGACAAAGUCAAGGACAAGAUCCAUGGUGAUGAGGGAGAGGGUGUUGAAAAGAAGAAGAAGAAGGACAGGAAGAAGCAUGAACAUGGCCAUGAGCAUGGUCAUGACAGCAGCAGCAGUGACAGUGAUUAGAUCCUCCAAUACUCCAUCUUCUAUGUGAAGGUGGAUGGAACCGAAGUAGUGAGGGCUAUGCUAUGUUUACCAUAUUUCUUCUGGUGAUCUCUAUUUAUGAGUGGAAAAAAAUGAAAACACAAUAGAAAACAUGUGUGUUACUAGUUAGUAGUUAAUUCCAGUGCUUAUAGUUGGUUUGUAAAGCCCACCGCUUUGGUUAUGUUUGGUUGUAUAUUAUCCUAAAGAAAUAAAGAUUUAUGUUAUUAUUA